GGUAAAUAUAGAAUUAAUGAUGGAUAGUCUUAGGCAAACACUUGGGAGUUUUGCAAUGGUAGCAUUACUCUUUGUUAGUUUUAUUUUCCUUUACCAUUGGUCAUUCCCAUCUUUCUCCACCCAAUUACUUCUAUCUCACAAUGGACCACUCUGCCAGCAGCAAUCAAACAUGAGCUCCAAUAUUAAUGAAGCAUAUGGUGAUGGACUUGACAAAGCUUUGGCCAAAGCUUCAAUGGGAAAUAACAAAACGGUGAUAAUUGCUAUAGUAAACAAAGCUUACGUAGAACAAGAUGUAAUGGGUGAUGCCGUUACCAUGUUUGAUCUAUUUUUAAGCAGCUUUUGGCUUGGAGAAGGAACAAGAUCUUUGAUUGAUAACCUUCUCAUCGUAGCCGUUGAUCAAACGGCUUACGAUCGAUGCCAAUUUUUGAGGUUGAAUUGCUAUAGAUUGGAAACAUAUGGUGUUGAUUUUGGAGGUGAGAAAAUAUACAUGUCUCAAGAAUUCAUCAAGAUGAUGUGGAGAAGGACUUCUUUCCUCUUGGAAGUUCUAAAACGUGGAUAUAACUUAAUUUUCACGGACACUGAUGUAAUGUGGUUAAGAAAUCCAUUUGAAAGGUUGAGCAAGAAUGAGACAGAAGACCUUCAAAUAAGCACAGACGUAUACCUUGGUGAUCCUUGGUCAGAAAAACAUUUGAUCAAUACUGGAUUUUUCUUUGUGAGGUCAAAUAAAAAGACCAUAUCCUUGUUUGAAACAUGGUAUGGAAAGAAAGACAAUUCCACAGGUAAAAAGGAGCAAGAUGUGCUUAUUGACCUCAUUGAAGCUGGUAUAUUUGGACAUUUAGGGCUCAAGGUUAGAUUCUUGGAUACCCUUUAUUUUAGUGGAUUUUGCCAAGACAGUAAAGAUGUUAGGGCAGUAACGAUCAUUCAUGCCAACUGUUGUCGAAGCAUCACUGCGAAGGUGGCCGAUUUGAAGGCAACCCUUCGUGAUUGGAAGCAAUUUAGGAGGUUAGAGGCUAACUCUAAUGUGAAUAUCAAUUGGACAAGUCAUGAGUGGUGUUGGGUUUCUUGGGGAAGGCCUAAUAGAACGUCACUAGGUUGAUGAUUACACACACACAUAUAUAUAUAUAUAUAUA